GCCGACUACGAGCGUCCGUCUCGUGAUGACAGUCCCCAGGUCACGGGUGGUGACACCUACCCCCGAGGGCCUCUCAAGCUACCUCAGAGCCACAGCAAGCCGCCUGGUUACCCCCCAGUGCACCUACCGUACCCCCCGAUCUUCCACCAUUACAAGCCCUCGCCCUACCACCAUCCUCCCUCCCAGCCCAGCCCACCGUACACCCCACAGGGGGCGUACUCUCAGCCUUCGUCACCCUACAUCCCUCCGGGGGCUUAUCCGCCUCCUUCAUGGGGGUCGAGCUCCGACACUCAGCCCUCCAGAGUCUCCCACGAGCAGUUCAGAGCUGCACUACAACUGGUGGUCAACCCAGGCGACCCUCGGGAAUACCUGGACAGCUUUAUCAAGAUCGGCGAGGGCUCCACGGGUAUCGUGUGCAUCGCCAGCGAGAAACACAGCGGCAAGCAGGUGGCGGUGAAGAAGAUGGACCUGAGGAAGCAGCAGAGGAGAGAGCUGCUCUUCAACGAGGUGGUGAUCAUGAGGGACUACCAUCAUGAAAACGUUGUGGACAUGUACAACAGUUACCUGGUGGGAGACGAGCUGUGGGUCGUCAUGGAGUUCCUGGAGGGCGGAGCGCUCACCGACAUCGUGACUCACACCAGGAUGAACGAGGAGCAGAUCGCCACGGUGUGUCUGUCGGUGUUGAGGGCUUUGUCGUACCUGCACACACAAGGCGUCAUCCACCGCGACAUCAAGAGCGACUCCAUCCUGCUGACCAGCGACGGCAGGAUCAAGCUUUCAGACUUUGGCUUUUGUGCCCAAGUUUCCAAAGAGGUGCCCAAGAGGAAGUCUCUGGUUGGGACGCCCUACUGGAUGGCACCGGAGGUCAUCUCCAGACUACCGUACGGCACCGAGGUGGACAUCUGGUCUUUAGGCAUCAUGGUGAUCGAGAUGGUGGACGGAGAGCCGCCUUACUUUAACGAACCCCCUCUGCAGGCCAUGAGGAGGAUACGAGACAACCUGCCGCCGCGGCUAAAAGAGUCGCACAAGGUGUCGUCGGUGCUUCGGUCCUUCCUGGACCUGAUGCUGGUGAGGGAGCCGUCGCAGCGAGCCACCGCCCAGGAGCUCCUCCAGCACCCCUUCCUCAAGCUGUCAGGACCCCCGUCCUGCAUCGUCCCCCUCAUGAGACACUACCGCCAUCGCUGACCGGCCGGCCCAAACCCGCCCUCUUCUACACUUUAAAAAAAAAAAGAGAAAAAAGAAAGAAAAAGAAACCCACACACACAUCACACACACACACGACUACUACUACCAGGGUGGCACUGCCCUCACCCAGCCAAAAACACCCACCGCUCGGCGGCGCGCCACUAACACUCACACCUGUAACCGUGACGUAGAUUAGCUAGAGGAAUAUCUAAGAAACACACUUAAAAAACAUGCAAACAGAGAAAAGAAGACAAAAAAACAUACAAAAAAGCGACUAUUUCGAAACUGUGAAGUAGAAGAGCGCACCGGAGGAACUCGCUAGACGUCCAGUAGAAACGUGUGGCCUGGCUUCUUCUUUUUCUUCCCAGACUGCGAGGCUCCACGUGGACUUGUAGUAGCCGUUGGCCUUCAGGAGCUUCAGGACGGCGAGCGGCAACCGAGCAGGCCGCUUCCAGACCAGAGCGGCCGACGGCAGAACAAUCAGGCGCGUGCGGAGAGAGGGGGUUUCUUCCCGACUGUCUGUCCGGCUGCCGAGACGAGCUCUGUGGCGUCUCGCACACUAACAGUGAAAAUGUAUUUUAGAGAAACUUGUAAGUUUUUCUGUACAGUUUUGAUAAUUUGCAGUAUUUUAUCGUGUCGUAACCAUUGUGAUAUGAGCAGUAUUAAAUAGAGUUUCUGCA